AGCAGCUGCUCAACCUCCACUCGGUAGCUGGAAAGUUUGAGUCGGAGAUUCCCACUUUGCAGCUGCAGGAAACACAAGUGGAUGCCAGUUGGAAGCGGAGGCCAGACCAUGCUCCUUUCCCUCUGCACCUUCAUCCUUUUGGCAGGUGUCACAACAGAAGAGCCUCUGCUUGACUCAACCCCAUCAUGCUCAACACAGGUGUCUAUACAAGGGGGCACUGUGUCACUUUCAGAUGGGUAUCGCCAAGGUAGCAUCCUCACCUAUUCCUGCCCAGAUGGCUCCUAUACCUACCCAGUGCGAAGCCGGAUCUGUCAGUCAGAUGGGAACUGGACUCCCAUGCAUUCCCUGUCCGGCAAAGCUGUGACCCGGGCAUCAUGCCGAGACAUGCGUUGUCCUCCUCAGCGCGCCUUCGAAAAUGGCUUAUUUGGCCCACGGCUAAGUGCGCACCCUGUUGGCAGCGUCUUGAAUUUUGAGUGUUUCGAUGGCUACCAACUCCACGGUUCAGCUCAGCGGCACUGCCAGUCCAACGGCCGUUGGAAUGGAACUUCCCCAGUCUGCGAUGACGGAGCGGGGCAUUGCCCAAGUCUCCCCAUCCCGCCAGGAGCGAUUUCCAGCGGCGGGCAUAAUCGUCUCGGUGAUCGGGUCUCGUUCCAGUGUCUAAAAGGGCUGGACUUGAUAGGAUCAUCCCAGCACAUCUGCACUCCAGAGGGCGAAUGGUCAGGAGCCGAAACCAGUUGCAGAGCUCCUUACUCGUAUGAUCGGGCUGAAGAUGUUGGAGCUGAAUUUGGAGCCUCAUUGACCAAUGUUUUGAGUGUGCUGUCCCCUGGGCCUGAGGACUCUGGUUUGCCCCAAGACAAGUCUUUAGGACGAAAACUUAUCCUGUCCCAAGACAGUUUCCUGCAUAUCUACUUGCUUGCUGAUGCCUCCCACAGCGUCACCAGAGACAACUUUGAGAUUUUUAAAAAUUCUCUGGAAAUCAUCAUUGAAAGGAUUGCCAGCUUCGAAAUGCCCAUCAGGUUCGCCUUGUUCUCUUACGCCAGCCAGCCCAAGACAAUAGUUGACACCUUUGAUGAUAUAGCUGAAGACCCAGACCUGGUUAUUGAAAAGAUGAAGAACGACAUGAAAUAUGAAGAUCAUGGCAACGCAACAGGGACCAAUAUCCAAGCAGCACUGAUGGCUGUCUACCGCAUGAUGAUUAGCCACCAUGCAGCUAACAAUAAGCACUGGGAUAAAAUCCGCCAUGCCAUCAUCCUGCUCACGGAUGGGAAGUCCAAUAUGGGCGGCUCCGCCACAAAUGCUGUGAGCAAGAUAGAAGACUUCCUGAAUGUGAAAGAAAACCGGAAAGACUAUCUGGAUAUCUAUGUCUUUGGUGUUGGAAACCUGGAUGUGGACUGGAACGCCAUGAAUGAGGUGGCAUCUAAGAAGGAGGGCGAGAGACACGUCUUCAUACUGAAAGGUCCUGCGGAGCUCAGAAAAGCCUUUGAGGAUGUUCUGGAUCCAAGAGAUCUAGAGGAUCUAUGCGGUAUGGCAAACAACUCUGCUAGCGCCAAUUGGUUACAACAGCAACCAUGGCAUGUGUUUCUCCAACAAAGUACACAGAAAGAACCUUCUUGUCGGGGUGCCUUGAUCGCAAGGACAUGGGUCCUAACAGCUGCUCACUGCUUCGGCAGGUUUAACCACACUCCCAGCUGGACUGUCAUUCUGGGCGACAAGCCCACUGGCAGGAAUGUGUUUCAAAUAAAGAGGCGAAUUGACCACGAGCUAUACAACGUUCGAGCGAAGGAGGCCGAGGGCAUCAAAGAAUUCUAUGACUAUGACGUCUCCCUGCUCGAAUUGGACGUGCCUGCACACCUAGCUGGGAAAAUCAGGCCGGUUUGCCUUCCUUGCACCGCAGGCGCCAACAGAGCUCUGAAAAAGCCGGAGACGGCAACAUGCAAGGAUCACGAGUUGGACCUGCUGCGUUUCGAAAACGUACCAGCACAGUUUAUAUCCCUGGACAACACGAGAAUGAACGUACUGAUCAAAACAAAGAAAAACCGCCCUAGGUGCAUUUCUGCAGCGGUCCAGCAUGAGUUAUACUCCAACGUGACCAAUGUCUCUGAAGUCGUGACUGAUCGAUUCCUGUGCAGUGGAGACGAUGGGAAUGGUGCCGUGGAGGAUGCAUCUUGCAAAGGUGAAUCAGGGGGGUCCUUGUUUGUAGAGAGGCGAGCCAGAUAUAUUCAGGUGGGUGUAAUCAGCUGGGGUACAUUUGAUGCAUGUGGAAAGAAGGGAAGAACCACGGAGUCUGGACACAGAGUUCGGGAAACACCUAAGCGGGGUCAGAAACCACGAGAUUUCUACAUUAGUCUGUUUCGCGUGCAGGACUGGCUGCGGCACCAUCUGGCUGGAUCCUUGAGAUUUAUUCCUCAGCAGUUUAUCAGAACUGCAGCUCCUAAAAUAGAGCUGGAAACUGCCAGCUGGACAGGAGAGACGAAAGGAGAAGCAGAAAUGAAGCUGCAACUUUUCUACAUAAUCCUUGGCCUUGGAGCAUUUUUUGCAGGUGUGACCGAUGGAGCCUGUGACCCCCAAACAGCUGAGAUUUUAGAGGGCAACUACACAUGGUUGCAGGAAGGGGCUGUGCUGAAAUACACGUGCCCGGAUGGAAAAUAUCCUUAUCCUACUGAAAUCCGGGUUUGUCACGGCUCGCGUUGGAAUGCCCUGAGGGACGCGCAAAACAGGAGUGUCAAAAAGGCCAAGUGUCGAGACAUCCGAUGCAGCAGGCCCCUGGAGUUUGAAAACGGCCUGUAUGAACCCCGACAGCCCUACUACAACGUAAGCCAGGAACUCAGGUUCGAAUGCUACCAAGGUUACACACUGUACGGGUCCCAGAACCGCACUUGCCUCCCCCACGGGAAAUGGAGUGGACCAACAACUGUUUGCGACGACGGAGGUGGCCAGUGCCCCAACCCUGGAGUCCCUAUUGGUGCCCGAAAAGAAGGCACCCGGUACCGAAUAGAAGACCGAGUCCGCUACUACUGUGACAAUGGACUUGCUCUCAUGGGAUCCAAAUAUCGGAUUUGCCAAGAGUCAAGUGCCUGGACUGGAACAGAACCAGAAUGCCGUAGCCCAUUCACCUACGACACCCCAGAAGAAGUAUCUUCCCAGUUCGUCGCGUCCCUCACUGAAGUCGCAGAGUCGUCAGAUCCUGAUAAAGUUGUUUCGGACACAGAACAGCGAAGGAUCAGAAUAACUCCUGGUGGUUCGAUGAACAUUUACAUUGUUCUGGAUGCCUCUCAAAGUGUGGGCAAGGCCAAGUUCAAUGAGGCUAAGGAUGUGAUCAUCAAGCUCCUUGAGAAGGUCUCCAGUUAUGACGUCACCCCCAAUUAUGGCAUUAUCACUUUUGCCACCGACCCCAAAGUGAUCGUGGAAACGACUGAUCGGCGUAGCAGUAACGCCGCUUGGGUUAUCGAUGAACUGGAGAAGCUCAAGCAUGAAGAUCACUUGCUUAAGCCUGGAACAAACAUGAAGGCUGGCCUGAUGUCGGUCUAUGAGAUGAUGAUCAAUCAGCAAGCAGACGAAGAACGGCGGGGUUUGAAUCCCCUUCCUAUUAUCACCACCACCCGCCAUGUUAUAAUCAUCGUAACUGAUGGCAAUUUCAACAUGGGUGGUGAACCCUAUACUGUUACUAGGCAAAUUCGGGAAUUCCUCAAUAUUGGGCGUGAGCGUGUUGGAGAUCGUGAUGAUUAUUUAGAUGUCUACGUGUUUGGUGUUGGGGACCUGAUCAACAUAGAAAAUGUGAAUGAGUUGGCCUCUAAGAAAACUGGAGAGAAACACGUAUUUAAACUCCAAGACAUGGAAGCCAUGCAGAAGGCCUUUGACGAAAUGAUCGAUGAGAGUGAGGCAUUAAGCAUGUGUGGCUUGGCUAAGGAGUUCCAAAGUGCAGAUGAUGAAGAAAAGAAUCCCUGGCUUGUCAGUAUCUCCAUCUUGCGUCCUGGGCGUGGAACCGAGAUGUGCAAAGGAGCCCUCGUUUCUCAGAAGUACGUCUUGACGGCAGCUCACUGCUUCACGAUUGAUGAUGAGGCCGACCAGAUCACAGUAAAGAUAGGCAAAAAAAACUUUCAGGUGGCUGCACUCAAAUCUCACCCUCAGUAUACUGUUGGGAAGUUACGGAAUCUGGGGAUCCCUGAAUUCUACGAUUACGAUGUCGCCUUGUUGGCACUCAGAAAGCAAGUCACUUUCAGCUCUGAAGCAAGGCCGAUCUGUUUACCGUGUACAGCAGGAACCAGCCGUGCUCUGAGGAGACCCCAUCCACAGACCACCUGCAAGGAGCACGAGCAAGAACUGAUGCCGGGUGGGAACAUCCCCGCUCUUUUUGUAACUCCUUGUCGGGAUAAGUAUCUAUCAACGCUCGGGCUGCGUCGCAGAACUGUGCGGAUCAAGAAUGGUGACAAGAAGCACUCCUGCGAAGCAGAUGCAAAGAAAGCCAAACAGUACCAAAACGUCACAGAAGUCUCCCAGGUGGUGACUGAACGUUUCCUGUGCACGGGAGGUAUUGAACCUGAGGUGGACCCCAACACUUGCAAAGGCGAUUCCGGUGGCCCCCUGAUCGUUGCGAAAAGGAUGCGUUACAUCCAGGUGGGCGUGAUCAGUUGGGGCGUGGUAGACCUCUGUAAGAACAACCUGCGAAUUGAGUGCCAGAAUGACAACGACCACCUGGAGCAGGCCCCCUCCCACGCCAGGGACUUCCACAUCAACCUCUUCAAAGUCUUGCCGUGGCUCAGGGAGGAGCUACGUGAAGAAGGGCUGGAUUUCCUGGACUGAGAGAGAGGGGCCAACCCUGCCCUGUACCAUUUGCUCUUCCCACGCUUGCUGGGAGUGUUCUGUGUAAAUAAGCCGAUGCCUUCAAAUCCUGUAAAGUGCAUGUAGUUGACAGUUGUGUACUAAAAAGUGACUAUGUGAAAAAGCCAGUAUUAUAGUUGGUCUGAUUUUAUUUACUUGUUGUACCUCGCAGAAUUCAAGGCAGCUUACAGUGUAAAUAAAACAAUUGCAAAAACACA